UGCGCAACAUGCGCAAAAAUCAGCUGAUCAGCGUUGUUGUGUUGUGUCAGUUUCUAGUUUCAUCAGUUUACUUUUGAUUGUCAAAAUGGGUAUUGAUAUUAAUCAUAAGCAUGAUCGCAAGGUGCGACGAAUCGAGCCAAAGUCACAAGAUGUUUAUUUACGUCUUCUUGUCAAGCUCUACCGCUUUUUGGCUAGACGAACAAAUUCGAAAUUCAAUAAAAUAAUUCUCAAGCGUCUAUUCAUGAGUAAAAUUAAUCGUCCACCGAUUUCCUUGGCUCGUAUUGUUCGAUUCAUGAAGAAACCAGGCAGGGAAAAUUGCAUCGCCGUUAUUGUCGGUACCAUCACUGACGAUUCACGAAUUUUCGACGUUCCAAAACUAACGGUGUGCGCUCUUCGCGUAACGGAAAAAGCGAGAGGCAGGAUCCUUAAGGCCGGCGGUGAAAUAAUAACUUUCGAUCAAUUGGCAUUGCGAGCACCAACUGGACGAAAAACAGUUUUAAUGCAGGGUCGCCGUAAUGCUCGCGAGGCAGUGAAACACUUUGGACUAGCUCCUGGUGUUCCACGUUCGCACACGAAACCACUCGUUCGUUCAAAGGGACGUAAAUUCGAACGAGCCAGAGGCAGAAGAAAGAGUUGCGGCUACAAGAAGUAAACAGAUCGCCAAGAAAAAAAAAUAACCGAAAGAAAAUUGAACAAUUUUACGUAUGUAUAAGGUUUUCUAUUAUUGUCAACACAUACACAGAGGAAAUAAAUAUUAAUACCCAUUACAAA